ACUGUGCAACCAACGCUACCCUGAACAACAUACGUUAUUUCCGGUGCAAUUAUGGCAGCAUUUGGUUCGGAUACAAUACUAAAGCCACUUCAAAAUGCCAUGAAAAUGGCUAAAACUGCGAUACAAAUGGACGCAGAGAACCAACAUAAGGAAGCCUACUGUGAAUACCUCAGGAGCAUUAACUACAUAUCACAUGCACUUUUGGAAGAUGCGGGGACGAAAAAGGGGGGCGAGUUAGAGGCUGUAGAGGUGGAGCGGAUGUUCCGACUAGCAGAGCAGUGUAUAGAGAGAGCCAAGUCCUUCACAGGGAGGAGCCAACAGUCCCAUGACCUCUCCAGCCCCAGCCCUUUGCCCCCACCCCCUUCCAUUCUGCCCCACCAAACAGAAACACCAAAGGCUCUGGGCGCCAGCUACCCUAACAGUACUGAGGAAACCCCUGACACUCAAUAUGACCCGCUUAUUGAUGUAUCUCCAAAAGCAACCAGCCCAUCAAACUCUCCUCACCACAGAGAGCUGUUGGAGGGGGCUGAGGAGCCCCCUCCUUUUGUACCCCCUGAAGUCUUCCAGAGGCUCCAAACAGCCGAAUCACAGGACACAAGCAGAAAAGCGCUGACGCCCAUUGAGGAAGCAUCACGCGUGAACCAGAGGUUGAAAGCUAAAUAUGAAGCUCGCCUUGCAAGGCUCGCCCCAGGUCAAGCUUGUCAAAAGACGUCUCUGUCCCUGUCUCUCCAGCGGCAGAUGAUGGAGAACCUCAUCAUAGCCCAAGCCAGACAGGAUGCUCUCCAAAGGAAGAUGGAAGAGCGAAGACUUAGGCUGCAGGAAGAGGCCAACAGGAGAUUUGCAGCGUCGGGGACGACGACCGCUGAGGAGCGAGAGCAGCGAGUUAUCUAUGCUAACAUCCUGGAGUACGAGCAGGACCACGACUGGCCCAAACAGUGGAAGGCCAACCUCAAGAAGAGUCCUGACGAUCCCACGCUGGUCUCUGGUUUAGUAUCCUACUUGCUCAGCUGCCCGGACCACCCGGUUAUGACACUGCUGAGGAAGCAUCAGUAUCGUGUGUACAACCAUCUGUACCCCAUCAUCAGUAAAGGCCGGCUGGGCAGUCCCCAACUGCAUCAAGAGCCUCAGAAGAACCUGAACAACAAAGGGUUUGGGCUCACACGGGUCACCACAGAGAGGCCCUGCCCGGACUCUGCGCUCUCUCCACCCCGGAGCUUCGUGGUCACCUUGGCUGAGACGGGGGGAGCGAAGUGUCCCGCCAUGCCGCUACUGGUGGACCGGGAGAACUCCUUCGAGGACCUGGAGCAGUUCCUCGACCAACUGGAAUGGGAGCCGUCCCACGACAACAGCGGCCUCAACGCCGAGCUGACCUUUGACCCCUCUGUGCAGCCGCUGCGGGAGGAGAGCCGGGAGCUGGAGGUCAAGGCACUGAGGGAGCACCUCAAGGCCAUCGUCAAGGACAUCCACAUCUCCAUUGAUCAGCUGCUCUCUCUGUGUUUGCUGUCCUUUGAGUGUCUGAACACAGCCAACUCUAAGGACCUGUGUGUGGCCAGCAUAGAGGAAGCCUUCUUUGCUCCACUUUGGAGCCCCCUGCUGGUUCUCUUCAGGAAGGUGUACAAGGACAGAGAGCAGGCCUUCGAAUGCAGCAUGAAACGCUACCGCGACGCCUCGCCCGAGGUUGUCGGCGUACCGCUCAAACUCUUCCCCCAGGACGCCAGCGGGCAACAGUGUUCCUACCCCUACCAGUCAGCCGUCCAGGAGCUUAAGCUGCUCUGCAACGACUGCUGCCCCCAGAGGAAGCUGGAGUGUAUCGUUCGAACGCUGCGGAACAUUUGCGUCUGCGCCGAGGACUAUAGGUGCCAUCAGGAGGUGGACUCGCCGCCCAAAAGCGCUGCCAUUGGCGCCGACGACCUGCUGCCCAUCCUGUCCUACGUGGCCCUGCGCUGCGACUGUCCCCAGCUGGUGUCUGAGUGUGCCGCCCUGGAGGAGUUCAUCCACGAGGGUUAUCUGAUUGGAGAGGAGGGCUACUGCCUGACCUCCAUGCAGAGUGCCCUGGCCUACGUGGAGUCCCUGCACACAGGGGGCGCUCUGCUCUGCACGGCCAAGCUGACCUGAUGCAGAGGCGAAGACACCCCCACGACAUCCCCCAGAACCCAGCCUACCUGCCUUCUGCUACGCUUUGGACCGGGCCACAGUGGAACAGGCAGAGGAACCCGGGAGCUGUAGGCCGUCCAUCCGCUGGACACGAGAGUAUAACAAGUACCACAUAAGCCUAUCCUAAGUACUACAUGGGAAGAGCUCUGCAUGAGACGGCUUCACAAACCACUCUGCAUGGACUACGCAUGGUCAGCCAAUGUCGGCCCCUGUUUCUGGCAGGACCAGAUUAUGCUGGACCUAUUAUUAUUAUUUUUUAUAAUUUCCUCCCACGUGUUUAAACAGUGCUAUUCAGCCAUCUAUCCACCCACGCACAGAUGCAACCGCAUGCUUAAGGCUUGAGGAACCAUCAAAACUAAUUCUGCCAAUGUUGGCAUUAACGCUUGCUUGGGCUAGUUGGUCCAUUUGGGUGUGUCUUGUUUUUUGAUGACUUGAAUUCCCAUUUCAUUUUCAAUUUAAGAAAUGUAAUCUCAGAUUAGUCUUAACUGUUUCAGGACAUGUAUAAUGUGUGAACCAACAUAACCUUGUAGGCUAGAUUCAUAAAAAGAUUUCUGUGAGCGUGUGUCCGUUGUUGGAUCCCAAUUUUGUUGAUGGGAUGAACAUUCAAAUUCAUCUGCGACCAAUCAAAAGAGGAUCAGUUUAUGCACUUUGGGAGUGAAGGUAUUUGGGCUGGGCUUCAGGGUCAGCGUUUUGAACUUACAACAUCCUGUUAGUGGUUAAUGGGCUCGGGCAAGGUCACAGUCUAAGUGGUUUAUUUCAGGAAGUCCUUAUUUCUCUUUGCAAUAUCUACAAUGGCUAAAGGAGUCUUUUUCUUGAGGGGGUGUAUUCUUGGUCCUUACAAUUAUUCAAUUGACUGCACAUUGUUUGUUUUUGCAGUCAUUGCAUUAUAUUUAAGCCCUUUUAAUAGGCUGCUAUGUGGGCCAUGGAUUGUUGUGGAAAUAUAGAUUUGUUAGAGAUAAAAUGUUUUAUUUAUAAACAGACAUUGUCAGCCUCAGUUCAGUCUUUUAUUCGUUACCUCCACAAGUAGAGUUUUUAAUAUUGGAGGUGAAGAGAGUUCAGAUGUGUAGGGGCCCGAUGUGGUUUCCUGUUUCUCUCUUCCGAUAUUACAAUAAGUGAUGCACUGCUGUUUAAACCCUUUUUCUCUUUUAGCUUGCUAUCCCGACAUUAAUACAUCUUAAAACUUUUAAGUUGGCAGGGUCAAAGUCAUUUGUUCAUCUGUUCGUCUUUAAAAAUCCUGGAAGCACCACUUACUAAAAAUGCAGAACUCUGAACAGCCACUUUAGUUUUAAAUGAAUGUAUUUGUUUCUUAACUCUCUUGCACAUGGCUUUCAAUUAUGUUUGACUUGUUUGUUUAUUUGUUAUUAUUUAAUACUUGUAUUUUUAUAUUCUAUGUUGGUGCAAAAGACAAUGUGAAAAAGAAUCUGAAUGUUAUGUUAACCCCAUUAAAUGUUGAAUAUAUAAUUAUAUUAAAAAGGAGAUAGUUAUUGGGUUAUUCUGUAGAGCACAUGAAACCACUGCAGUUGCAACCAAGUAGCAAAUUUUCUUUUGUCAUGAAAAAAAGUUUUCCAAAUGUAUUAUUUUGUCAAUAUAUAUUUCUAUGAAUGUAUGAUCAAGAGGAAAUGUGAAUAGCUGUUGCUUUAAAAUUGCAUCAAUAAAGGAAACUAACAAGUACUGGAA